AUGAGUGAUGAUGAAGAACCGACGACGGGCAACAAGCCUCUCCGUCUUCCGAAGAAAGCGGCCAAUGUUAAGAACAAGGCUCCUGCCCAACUUCAAAUCACUGCUGAACAGCUUCUUCGGGAAGCCAAAGAACGUGAGCUUGAGCUGAUUCCUCUGCCUCCGAAGACCAAGAUCACUGAUCCUGAUGAGUUGGCGGAUUUUCAGCGUAGGAAGCGAAAGGAAUUUGAAGACGGAAUCCGUAAGAAUAGAAUGCAGAUUGCAAACUGGAUAAAAUAUGGAAAAUGGGAGGAGUCUAUUGGUGAGAUACAGCGGUCACGUUCUGUCUUCGAACGUGCUCUUGAUGUUGACCAUCGUUCUAUUACUAUUUGGCUACAGUAUGCCGAAAUGGAGAUGAGGAGUAAGCAAAUCAACCAUGCGAGGAAUAUUUUCGAUCGUGCUGUCACUAUUCUUCCUCGGGCUAUGCAGUUCUGGUUAAAAUAUUCAUAUAUGGAAGAAGUCAUAGAGAACGUCCCAGGAGCUCGUCAAAUCUACGAGCGAUGGAUGGAAUGGGAACCAGAUGAGCAGGCCUGGCAAACCUAUAUCAACUUUGAAUUGAGAUACAAAGAAAUCGACCGAGCUCGUUCUAUUUACCAGCGGUUUUUGCAUGUUCAUGGAACAAACGUUGUCAAUUGGAUAAAGUACGCUCGUUUUGAGGAAAAGCAUGGGUAUAUUGGCAAUGCGAGAGCGGUAUUUGAACGAGGAAUGGAGUAUUUUGGAGAGGACAACAUCAGCGAAAAACUUCUUAUUGCUUUUGCCUUAUUCGAGGAAAGGCAGAAGGAACAUGAAAGGGCUCGUGUUAUUUAUAAGUAUGGAUUAAGUCGUCUUCCUCCUGAGCGCACUGCUGAUAUUUUUAAGCACUACACCGUCCACGAGAAGAAAUUUGGGGAAAAAGCGGGUAUUGAAGAUGUUAUUCAAGUAGCCGAGAAUGCUUAUAAUUACGACGCUUGGUUCGAUUAUUUGCGAUUGCUGGAAAAUGAAGAAUGCCCAAGAGAGGAAGUUGAAGAUUUGUACGAACGGGCCAUUGCAAAUAUUCCACCACAUGAAGAAAAACGUUAUUGGCGAAGAUAUAUCUACCUUUGGAUAAACUAUGCACUUUAUGAAGAACUCACGGUGCGAGAUAUUGAACGGACGAGACAGGUAUACAAGGCGUGUCUUGAUGUGAUUCCACACAAGAAGUUCACAUUUGCGAAAAUUUGGAUCAUGUUUGCUCAUUUUGAAAUUCGUCAAAUGGAUUUAUUAGCGGCAAGGAAAAUUCUUGGAGUUUCCAUAGGUAAAUGUCCUAAAGAGAAGUUAUUCCGUGCCUAUAUUGACCUAGAGCUACAACUACGCGAAUUUGAUCGAUGUCGGAAAUUAUACGAGAAGUUUUUGGAACAUUCGUCUGAGAAUAGUAAUACAUGGAUAAAAUUCGCAGAACUUGAGACACUUCUUGGUGACGUCGAACGUGCUCGGGCUAUUUUUGACAUUGCUAUCCAACAACCUGCGCUUGAUAUGCCCGAAAUAUUAUGGAAAGCAUAUAUUGACUUUGAAAUCAAUGCCGAAGAAUACGAGAAAGCUCGUGAUCUCUACGAAGCGUUACUACAGCGGACGAAUCAUAUAAAGGUCUGGAUUUCUUUGGCUGAAUUUGAAAUGUUCAUUGGAAAUCUUGACGGAGCGAGAAAUGUUUAUGAUCGUGCCAACCAUGCAUUGGAGAAUGCCGAAAAAGAAGAACGUCUGAUGCUUCUGGAAGCAUGGCUUGAUGCAGAGAAGAAAAUCGGUGACAUCAAUGCUAUUCAUAGAGUGGAGAAUAUGAUGCCACGUCGUGUGAAGAAGCGACGGCAGAUCCAGACAGAUGAUGGCGUUGAUGCUGGUUGGGAAGAAUAUUAUGAUUACAUCUUCCCACAAGACCAAGGUAGUUUUAGUGUAUCUUUCUAA